UGCCGCCGCCAGGGGUCAGCUGACGGGGCGGACCUCGCGGAGGGCCGCUCUGCGCUUCCCCCCGCCCAGCCUGGGUGGGCCGAGUGCGUGCGCGAGCUAGAGCGCGGGCAGUCUCCGCUCGCGUAACCGACGCCCCCCACCCCGGCGCUGGCCGAGAUGGAACGGCUCGAGAAGACGACGCUGAAGGUUGUGCAGCCGCCCGAGCUGAGAAAUGAAGGCUCAUUAACAUCAACUCUGAAGACUCUUCUGGUUUUCACAGCUUUAAUGAUCACCUUACCUAUUGGAUUAUAUUUUUCUUCAAAAUCUUAUGUGUUUGAAGGUACCUUGGGGAUGUCCAACCGAGACAGUUAUUUUUAUGCCGCCAUUGUUGCCGUUGUUGCCGUUCACAUGGUACUUGCUAUCUUCGUCUAUGUUGCAUGGAACGAAGGCUCACGCCAGUGGCGGGAAGGCAAACAAGACUGAUGGGAGCAUCAUCUUUUGAUAAUGGAUAGAAUAAAGAAAUAGGUACAGAGUAUGUUUAUGAUUAGGCUAAGUAGCAGGGAGGGGAUUGCUCCUCAGAGCACAGGAGUUUGUGAAAUCCAUAUCACUUCACUAAUAUGCUGUUGCAGAAUUAAAAGUUAGAAAAUUCACAUAUUGGAAUUGAGAGGCAGAGAAUUUCAUCUUCUGACAACAAAAAUAUAUUUUGCAGUGUUUUGCUGUAUUACUUGCACAAUUGUUCAGGACACAUGCAGGUUUUGUCAAGCAAAUUAAACUGCAUUUUACACUGGAAAUGAGUGAAAACUGCUCAGGCCAUUACAUUGGGGUGUUUUGUUUUCUUUUUCCCUUUCCUUUCCUUUCCUUUCCUUUCC